UGGGUCAUUUCUAUGCUCUUCCACUGCUGAGACCACGCAACAAAGAUUAUGGUAGGUGGUGUGGAAGAGAGGCUUCUUCAAUGGAACAGAGAGGAAGAGGUGGCCUUGAGCACAAGAGUAUGGGUAGAAUCCAAGAAGCUAUGGAGGGUGGGAGGCCCUGCGAUCCUCAUAAGGCUUUCGUCCUUCGGGAUCUUGGUGGUGACGCAGUCCUUCACGGGAUAUGAUGGUGAGACGGAGCUCGCGGCCUACGCUCUUGUUUUCGCUCUCUUUGUCCGGUUCGCCAAUGGGCUCUUGCUGGGAAUGGGGAGCGCCACAGAGACACUCUGUGGCCAAGCAUUUGGAGCUAAACUUUACCACACGAUGGGAAUCCACCUCCAGCGCUCAUGGAUCGUCCUCGCGGUCAUUGCCACCCUUCUGGUCCCGUGGUUCAUCCUUGCAACCCCAAUCCUUCGACUCUUGGGCCAAGAAGAGGACCUAUCCACUGUCUCCGGCCCCAUAGCUCUCUGGUUCAUUCCCAUCAUCUACUCCUACGUCUUCUACUUCACCAUGCAGAUGUACCUGCAAGCCCAGCUCAAGAACGUUAUAAUUGCAUGGCUAGCAUGCGGAUCAUUUGUGCUCCAUGUGCUCGCAUCAUGGAUCUCGGUCGUCAAGCUGAAAUGGGGAGUGGCUGGGGCCAUGGGUUCGAUGGUCCUGUCGAGUUGGUUGCCCAUCUUCGGCGAGUUCGUCUACGUCUUUUGCGGCUGGUGCCCGGAGACAUGGAAGGGGUUCUCUUUGAGUGCCUUCUCCGAUCUCUUGCCCAUCAUCAAGCUAUCAAUUUCUUCUGGCAUAAUGCUGUGCUUGCAGGUGUGGUACAACUCCGCUCUGGUCCUAUUGGCUGGAUUCAUGAAGAAUGCCAAGAUAGCAAUAGCAGCCUUCUCCAUAUGCCUCAACAUCACUACUUGGGAGCUCAUGAUAUCACUUGGCUUCUUGACCGCCGCAAGUGUUCGCGUUUCAAAUGAACUAGGGAUGGGAAAUUCGAACGGUGCAAAAUUUGCCAUCAAGGUUGCCGUGUUAAACUCAUCCAUCAUUGGAUUAUUCUUCUUCCUGUUGUUUCUGCUCUUCGGCAAGAGCGUUGCGUAUGCUUUCACGAAUAGCGAGGAUGUGGUUGAGGCGGUCGCAAGCUUGUCUGUUCUGUUGGCCAUUUCGGUCCUGCCAAACACCAUUCAGCCAAUCCUUUCAGGGGCAGCUAUUGGUGCUGGUUAUCAGAGUAUGGUUGCAGUUGUAAACAUCGCAUGCUACUACUUGUUGGGAGUUCCUUUGGGAAUACUGCUGGGGUACCUCACUAACUUGCAAGUGCAGGGCAUCUGGAUUGGAAUGCUGUGUGGGUCGGCAGCACAAAUAGUGGUUCUUCUGUUCAUCACCAUCAGAACAGACUGGGAUGGUCAGGUAGAAAAAGCAAAUGCGAGAUUAUACAGGUGGGCAUUAUCAUCAGAAAAAGAAUCAAAUGGUACCCCCACCUUGAUAUCUUGAAGAGAAUGUAUACAAAUGUCAGCAACGGAGUCUUUCCCCCUUAAGAAGUUGCGAAGAGAAUGCAGAUUCUUUAUUUUGUUAUUGAUUCACAUUGUAAGCUUAUAUUUGAUCUGAUACUGCCUUGCAGUGAAUAUUGAUACUACAUUGAUUGGAAUAAACCAGAGUAAGCAUUUUCACCUCCUUCCCA